AUGCAGUUUAUUUUUUUAAUUUUAACAAUUUUGAACUUCGAUCAGACAUUGUUAGUGCGCUCAACAAUGAAUUCAUUUGAAGUAACGUUUACAAAUAAUUUGGUAAAUUCAGUAAAUUUAGAUUUAUUGAACUCAAUUUCCAAAAAUUUACAAAUUUCAUUGGAAGAAAAUAAAGCGGUUUUUUUGGAUAGUUUCACGCCUUUGUUGAAUAAUUUUUGUGAUAUGAUUUGUAAUUUGAUUUCAGAAAUGCCGAUAGAAAAUGGGAAUUCAAUUUUUCAGAUAAUUGAUGAUGUUGCAUCGGAUACCUCAUUAAAAUCAUCUGGUGUUUUACAAAAUUUAGCUGGAGUUAUUACGAACGGUUUACGAAAAUUUACUGAAUAUUUAACUAACGUCAGUUUAAUUCAAACCAAUAUAUUUAAUAAUAUUCUUGAGCAAGAAAAGAAAUUAUCAUUAAUUUUAAGAACUUAUGUUAAUCUUCAAUUUGAGUACUUUGAAGGUACUGCGAUUGAUAAGAUAUAUGUAGACAGUUUUGUUAAUAGUGUUAAUGUUUGUAUGGAAAAAUUUAUCGAACAAGUUAGUUCAUAUGAAUUCAAUUUCGAUUAUUUAAAUUGCAAUGGUUCAAAUGAUAUUCUAGCAAAGAAAAUUAAUGAAUUUUCUAACACUAACAGCUUUACAGAUAUUUCGUAUAUUUCAAAAAUAUUGGAUAUAUUAAAAUUAAGGAAAUCAUCAAUUAAUGCAAUUCUAGAUGCUAAGAAGCUUAUAAAUUUUUAUGCGGAAGAAACAUUUGAGAACAUCGUAGAUAGCUUGGUAAAUAAUAUAAAAAUGUGUAUUGCAGGCAAAAUAUCUGAAACGAAUUACUUAAAAUUAAUAAAUUUGAUCGAUGCGUUAGAAAUCGAUUUAAGUUUCAAUGAAUUGGAUAUACAAAAGAGAAUCGAUUUAAUCUCUAAUGAAAAUAUUUUUAUAGAAGGGUGGAUAAAUUCAAAACUUUAAAAACAUAAAGAUUAUAAUUUUUUCAGAUUUGGUAUUUACAAAUUAUUAAAUCAAAACGCUUGCAUGCAUCCUAAAGGCAAUUAAAUCAAUUAAUUUAAAGAGAAGUUAAGCACAGAGAACAUUCAUAAAUCGCAACGUUCCCAAUUAAUAUACCGAAUUUUAAGUAAUAAUAGGAUUAUCUCCUUAUUUGUUUUUUUUUCCCUCUAAAUUAGGUUAGUUUUGCUUAAAGUUUAAACACACAUAUUCUAAGUUUACAGUUUGUCACUAAAUUCAGAAAU